AUGCUUCAAAUAAUCCUAUAUGUUCUUUCCGUUCUUUCGGCGGUAAGUGCGGCAACGUCGGGAUGCAUUCCCUCAAGCAUUGGCUCCACCGGUUUCACCGCCCGCUUCUACAGCUAUGGAUAUCGUGAUACUUCAGGCUGGGAUGCCGAUUUUUUCAGCACGGGGUAUAAGACUACACUCAUGGAGACCGUCACCGAAGUGACUGCAAUCAAUUUUGACUUGGCGGUGCUGUCCAGCGAAGCCUCGUACGGCUACGUUUACGGCUACUACACGACCGUCUCUAAUUUUGCAGUGGAGUUGAGUGCUUUCUACUUAGCGCCCUCCACCGGCACGUUCACGUUCAACUUGGCCGCGGACAACGGCGCGUCGUUGCAAUUUGGCUCGGGCCAAGGGUGUUGUAAUGAUGCCUCGGGAAGUGUUUCCGGAGCUUUUAGCAUUGACACCUUGGGGCCUGCUGGCGGAGGCGGAAGUACGUCUGAAAACACGCAAACAGCCUCGUUCUCGCUUACCGAGGGCGUCUACUAUCCCAUCAAAAUUGUCAUGUUCAACUGGGUGGGAAACGCUGGUCUUUCGUUGACAAUGACGGACCCCUCGGGAAACACGGUGUCGGACCUAGGCCCUUAUGUUUCCCAACUUACGUUCGACAACAGC